AUGAAGCUCAUCGAAAAACAUCGUAAGGUCGCUCCCAGCAGUUCCAACGCUUCCAACGAGACUGGCCGGAGCCACAACGAAAAGGGCAGUAAGCAUGGGUCUGCCUCUACUAGUAGUGGAGAGGAAGAGCUGAAAAAUUCGGACGAUUGUACUCUUGACUCCAAGAUUUUGCAGUCUUGGAGUGAGGGGAAACUCCAAGCCAUAGCCAAGAGAUGGAAGCUAACUAAAGAAGAACAAUCCAAGCUGAAAGAACUGCAGCCCCGGUUGGCUGAUGUCCGCCACGAGAAGAAUGAUCCGGAAGAGGUGGUGCCAUUUUUGAAAGAGACCCAUUCGGUCAAAAGCACUGAACUUAGGUUUCGAAAGUUUAUUGAUUUCCGUAUCAAACAAGUCGACACAAUUCUUCAAGAUUACCAUCCCCAUCCUGUCAUGAAAAGCCACUUCCCCAUAACCCUGCUGAAUGGCUUUGAUAAGGAAGGUGAUGGCAUCUGGUUAGAGAGAACAGGUGCAACAGAUAGCUUGGCAUUGUAUCGCCGCUUUGGCAAAGCUGAAAUGAUGAGAUACCAGUUGUGGACCCGUGAAAAUGCUGUCCACACGCCCUGGUGUCAAGCAUACAAGGCAGGGAAAAAGCAGUCUCCAAGAGUCACUUGUAUCAUGGACAUGCAAGGACUGAAUUGCAGUCACAUGCACCCUGCGUUGCUCCCAGUGCUGGCAGAUGUCAUCAAUAUUGUCCAAAACUACUACUGUGGCUUCAUCAAAAAGAUCAUUGUUGUCCGAGAACCUGCCAUAUUCAAGGUGAUCUGGAACUUGGUCAAGCAUUUCUUCAAUCAGACUAUGAAAGAUCUUAUUGUUUUUUCUGGUCCCAACAACUACCUUGAUGUCCUGGGCGAUUACAUUGAUGACCUUGAAGAAACUCUACCGCCCUGUCUUAUGGAGGGUGGCAGGGGAACCAUGGCUGAGGGCAUGCCUCAAAGAAUGGAUGGCGGGACACUGCCUCCCAAGAAGAUGGCAACGAAAAAGUUCAAGGGGGAACAGAGAGGUCUUCGCGAGGAGGAGCCACCUUGCCCGAAAAGCAUCAGUUCCAGUUUUGGCUCAUCGGAUUCAAUGACCUCCUCUGGUCUCUACGUGCUUCCAACUGUCCAUGAAACGGUCUCAAUCGACAGGGGAUUGAGUCUAUGUCGAUCUUGCCAAGACCAAGCAAUUCAGUUUGACCCGAAUGGGCGGGAUCCUAUGCAGGUCAGGUGUCGAAUAGUGGCAUCUGGAACUUUUUGA